AUGUAUUGGGAUGGUCGCAAUAACUCCCGGCCAGACUUCGUUAUCAUCGGCCGCUUCGAUUCGGAUGCUGCCCCUGGAACCGAGCUAAGCGACGGGAAAGUGGACUGCAAAGGACAAUUAUUCGUGAACACUCGUGGGAAGUUAAAAGCCGGCGGCAUACCGGUGAUAAGAGACCAAGCUAGCUUGUUUCACUACUCAAAACGAACCUGCUCUUUGGAGAAAAUCCUGGAUGAGGAUAAAUCAUUUUACAAUGGCCUUGCAUGGAACAUAGCCUAUACUCGGUUCUUCAUGGUGGAAACUGAUGAAAAGAGAGUGUACAGUUUUGACUAUGAUGCUGACUUAGGAAGUAUUAGCAACAGGGAAGUUUUGGUCGAUUUCAAAGCAAGCAAUAGUUGUCAACCGGAUGGAAUGACCAUUGACUGUAGUAACAACUUAUGGAUAGCCUGUUUUUCGUUUGGUUCUGUAGUACAAGUGAACACCGAGUCGGGCUCGAUACUCCAGACCCUGCAUAUGCCAGUAACAGACAUAACAUCCGUCACAUGGGGUGACAAGGACUUGACAACCCUCUUCGUUACGACAUCCAAGUGCGGGCUCUCGGAGAAACAGCGACGAGAACAGCCAUUGGCUGGUUCGGUCUUCGCUGUCACAGGGCUGGGAUUCAGGGGUGCUCCAGCGAACAGCGUCGAUAUCUGUACCGUUGGAUGUCUAAUGGAUGAAUUACCGUGCCCUGAUUGCGGCGAUAACGCAACCGAAAUCCCCAAUACCCCACCGGACGAGUUUGAUACUGGAACUUGCUCCGCAAAUGUUUUAACCUCCGCGGAAAAUUACUGCUGGGUUUAAGGUCAAUCUCCUGUGUUAAGCUCCGCAAAAAAUCAACCACGCUGCGCUGCUAAAAUGUGAUUUUGGAACUAACGGUUAAGGUGAUCUGAUGGACGCCAUAUU